AUGCUUUCGGGCAGAAUGGAGCACCCUAGUGGAGAAAUCUACCUAGUGGAGAAAUCGUAUUACGGCCUGGCUAAUCGGUUUGGCCAACUGUUGGUGCUGGAAGUGCCCAAGAAGAGUCACAUUAUCGUCCCCAACACGGCCACCCCUUCAAUCCAAUACGCUGAAUUUGGGUCACCGCCACAAAGAGGCGACGCGGUGUUUAAGGUACCAAGUCGGAACAGGGGUGAUGACGAACACGAACUGCGAAUACGCAACGUACGACGACGCCUCCUCACAGCGACUUCCGUCGCAACUAGUGUGGCGAAUCGCAUGCUGAUCCUCAAUACGUAUGUGUUGCCUGCAGUGUUCUUCACAGUUGCAGUCUUUCGUAUCCUGUGGCUCUCAGCGUCCUUCAGAACCUAUACACGGAGUUUUAUGGAGCAACUUACUGAUCUGAACCCAGCCUCGUACAAGAACUGGACUCGACCGAGGAACCGGCGUUGCUAA